AUGGUGGUACCAACGAUGGAUAGCCUGCCGCGGGUUCCGGACACCCACGGGGACACCGUGGAUGAGAAGGUGUUCUCCGACCUCUACAUCCGGACCAGCUGGUUCGAUGCGUCGAUAGCACUCGACCAAAUAGAAAAGGGCAAAGCCCGGGGGAGACGGUCAUCGGUGUACAUGCGGUCGUUGUUCCAGUCCUAUUUGUUCAACCUCGGCUGCUCGAUACAGAAGCACGCGGGCAAGGUGUUAUUCGUAGCGAUAUUAGUGUUGAGUACGUUCUGCGUUGGACUGAAAUCCGCGACCGUGCACUCGAAGGUACACCAGCUGUGGAUACAGGAAGGUGGUUCGCUCGAGCAUGAGCUCGCCUACACGCAGAAGUCCCUCGGCGAGAUGGACUCGUCAACGCAUCAGAUGCUGAUACAGACACCAAAGGACAUGGACGCCUCGAUACUGCACGCGAACGCGCUGCUAACGCACCUGGACGUGGUGAAAAAGGCGAUCUCGGUAACGGUGCACAUGUACGACAUAACGUGGAGCUUAAAGGACAUGUGCUACUCGCCGAGCAUACCCAGCUUCGACACGCACUUCAUCGAGCAGAUCUUCGAGAACAUCAUUCCGUGCGCGAUCAUAACGCCACUCGACUGCUUCUGGGAGGGCAGCAAGCUGCUCGGUCCGAAGUAUCCCGUACACAUACCUGGCCAAGCGAACAAGGUGCAGUGGACGUCGCUGAAUCCGCAGACGCUGCUGAAGGACAUCAAGGCGCAGAAUUAUCAGUUUCCCUUCGACACCCUCGAGCAGUACAUGAAGCGGGCGGGCAUCAGCACGGGCUACACGGAGAAACCGUGCCUCAACCCGAAGGAUAAGCAGUGUCCGGAUACGGCACCGAACAAAAAAUCCGGUCAGGUGCCGGACAUUGGUGCGAGUUUGACGGGCGGAUGUUACGGUUUCGCGGCAAAGUACAUGCACUGGCCAGAAGAGCUGGUGGUGGGAGGAGCUGUCCGGAACCGCACGCAUCAUCUCAGGUCAGCAAAGGCGCUGCAGACGGUGAUCCAGCUGAUGGGUGAACGGGAACUGUACGACUACUGGAACAACCACUACAAGGUGCACCACAUCGGUUGGAACCCGGAGAAAGCGGCUGAGGUGUUGAACGCGUGGCAGAAGAAGUUUUCCGCCGAGGUGAACAAGAUCAUGCAGACCGACGUGAAGCCGCUGUCGUUUUACGGAGUGUACGCGUUUUCUUCCGCCACGCUGGAUGACAUCCUGGGAAAGCAUUCGAACCCGAAUCCGCUCAGUCUUGGCAUCGGUAUCGCGAUCAUCCUGCUGUACACGGCUUGCACGCUGUUGCGCUGGAAGGACGGCAUCAAUGGACAGAGUGGAGUUGGUGUGGCCGGUGUUCUGUUGAUCGCGGUGACGACUGCAGCUGGGUUGGGCUUUUGCGCUUUACUCGGGAUCGCAUUUAACGCCGCCACGACGCAGGUGAUCCCGUUCUUGGCACUAGGGCUCGGCGUAGAUCACAUCUUCGUCUUGACGCAUGCGUACGCCGAACGGGACACGAGCGAACAAACUGGCCAGGUGCUGAAAAAAGCCGGCCUAAGCGUGCUGUUCGCGGGAGCAUCAACUGCGGGAUCGUUCUUCGCGGCCACACUCAUCCCGGUGCCAGCGUUGCGCGUGUUCUGCUUCCAGGGCGCUAUCCUGACGGUGUUCAACCUGGCCGCCGUGUUGCUCGUAUUUCCGGCGAUGAUUUCAUUGGAUCUACGCCGGCGACGGUCAGGUCGGGCGGAUGUGUUUUGUUGUUGCCUCCCAGCGCUUCCUAGCACCACGCAUGAUAUGAACAAACAGCGCUACCAUUACCACCAGCAGCCACAGCAGCAGUUACAAUCACAGCCUGGUAGCCAAGGACAGGCUCAAUCCAACACGGAAGCUCAGCGUCAGGAAGAGGACUCCCUAAUUGACUGCCCGUCGAAAGCGUGUUUCAGCUUUUCCCUAUCACGGUUCGCGAUCAAACACUACGCUCCGUUUAUAGCACGCAGCUCGGUGAAGGUGUUCGCGAUGUUGCUACUGUCGGGCAUCGUCGGUGUAUCGAUGUUUGCCUCCAUGAAGCUACCGGACGGGCUGGAGCUGACGGAUCUCGUACCCCAGAACACCAACGAGCAUCGGUUCCUGAGCGUACAAGGCAAGUUGUUCGGGUUCUACAGCAUGUUUGCGGUAACGCAGGGUGACUUUGAGUAUCCAAACAAUCAGAAGCUGCUGCAUGAGUACCACGAGGCGUACGUGCGAGUGUCGCACGUGAUCAAGAAUGAUAACGGCGGGUUGCCGGACUUCUGGUUGAGUUUGUUCCGCGAUUGGUUGCUCAAUUUGCAACGGGCGUUUGAUCGCGAUUAUCGAGAGGGUCGAAUCACGCAAGAACGAUGGUAUUCGAAUGCGAGCAAUGAUGCGAUCCUGGCAUACAAGCUGUUGGUGCAAACCGGACACGUUGAUAACCCGAUCGACAAGAGUCUAGUGACGCAGGUGCGACUCGUCGAUUCGGAGGGUGUCAUCAACCCGGAAGCGUUCUACAACUACCUAUCCGCUUGGGCGUGGAAUGACGUGCUAGCUUACGGUGCCUCGCAGGGUAACCUGCGACCGGAACCACGCGAAUGGUUACACACACCAUCCGACUUCGAGCUGAAGAUUCCGAAGAGCGCACCGCUCACGUACACCCAGCUACCGUUCUACCUGCACGGGCUGAGCGAUACGGCCGAUAUCAAGACGAUGAUCAGCCAGAUUCGCGAGCUGUGCUCAAAGUUCGAAUCGCGCGGUCUGCCAAACUAUCCCUCAGGCAUUCCGUUCAUCUUCUGGGAGCAGUACAUGAACCUACGACCGGGUCUGUUGAAAGCGAUCGGAUGUGCCCUGCUAGCGGUGAUCGUUUUCGUUUCAUUGCUACUCCUGUCCGUGUGGGCUGCCCUGCUGAUCGUGUUCAACGUCGUAACGAUGCUUAUCCAGCUGCUAGGUGUGAUGAUACUGCUUGGGAUCAAACUGUCCGCCAUACCAGCCGUCAUACUAAUCGCCAGCAUCGGGCUGGGAGUAGGACUAACCGUACACGUGUCACUGGGUUUCAUCACAUCGAUCGGGAAUCGCGAUAGGCGUGUGAAGCUCGCUCUCGAGCACUCAUUUGCACCGGUUGUGCACGGUGUCGUGACGUCCACACUCGCCAUCUUCAUGCUAUCGACGUCAUCGUUCGAGUUUGUCGUGCGGCACUUCUUCUGGUUGCUGUUGUCCGCGGUUCUGAUCGGUGCACUCAACGGGCUGUUCUUUUUCCCGAUCCUGCUGAGCCUAGUAGGUCCGGGAGCGGAGAUCAUACCGUUGCAGUACGCUAAUCGCAUCUCAACACCUUCACCACCACCGAAACGCAUCAACAAACUGUCCACCGGCAAGCCGAUCGUGCUGAACAACAAACGAUCGUCGUGUUCGCGCAGCUGCUCCAAGGUGCACCAUCAUCACAAGCACAACAACGUUAAUCUCAGCAACGAACCAUCGCUGACGACGAUCACGGAGGAACCACAAUCGUGGAAGAGUUCUGCUUCAUCUAUCCCGUCGAUGCACGAGAAAGCGGCCGGAUCGGUUGGUGGACAUCAUCGAACGUCCGGAUCCGCUGGGAUGAUGAGUGGAGCAGCUUCCCUUGGACCUUCUGCUGGUAUGAUGGGAGAACCCGGAUUGGUAGGUGGCAUUGGGGGCGUAUAUAGCCAUCCACAUGCCCACCACUACCAUCACCAUCAUCACCAGCAAGCACCGGAGUUGCAGAGUAUCGUCCUGCAACCGGAAGUGACGGUGGAAACACACCACCACGGAGGAGAUCACCAAAACACGAAGGUUACGGCAACGGCCAACAUCAAGGUGGAGCUGGUGACGCCGGGUCGUGCCGCACGGAUGAUGCACACCACCGCAAGCAGCAGUUCCGCCGGUAGCACCACGAGCAGUAGUUCCGGAAACUCGAGCAGCUAA